AUGGAGGGAAGCACAGUGUCCGACUUCAGCAUCGAGCGCAUCCUGUCCCCGCAGCUCGGACACAAACCUCCGGUCAAGGACUUCUCUCCUGACCGGUACCUCCAGGGCAUCGCGGCCGGUGGAUUCUGUCCGGGCUCCGGGAACCUGCGGCCUCCCGCCCCGGUCCCGGUCCCGGUCCCGGCCCCAGGCUGCCUGCAGUUCGGGGGGAUGAGCUUCGGGGAAACGUUUUAUUACGGAGCCGGAUUCAGCAGAUUCUAUCCAGAGUCCGGAGUGUUGGUUCACUUCAGCAGCAGAGAGUCCGGAGUGGAUGCUCAGCCGUUGCCUGGUUACCACGGGCACCCUCACUCCAGCGUGCCCGCGCAGCCGCAGCCGCCGCAGCCGCCGCCGCGCCAGAAGGCCCGGAUGAGGACGGUGUUCACCGAUACUCAGACCAAACACCUGGAGGCGCUGUUCGAGAUCACCGACUACCCUGCGGUGGAGGCGCGGGCCGAGGUGGCGAGGAGCACGGGGCUGAGCGAGGAGACGAUCCGGGUUUGGUUCAAGAACCGAAGGGCUCGAAGGAAGAGGCAGCGCAGCGGGUCAAAGGUCAGAUCCCCUUAA